GUGAGCGUCGGUCCGGUGGCUGUGUGGAGGGAUGGAAGCGGAGAAGGCGGCUGCGGUGAAGACUCGCUCUCACCAUCCACGGAAUUAAGGACCUCUUCUUGGAUAAUAUUCUUCAUUUUUUUCUUUUCUCUGUUUUUUUUUUUUUUUUUUUUUUUUUCUUUAAUUUUACAGUAUAUAUGUAGGCUACUAUGAUCUCUCCGUUGUGCUCGCGGGCACCACCCCUUUAAACGUACCCGUCCAUCUCUGAGCUGUCAAUCAUUUCAAGCCGGGAUUUCUACAUGUGAGUGCAUGGCGCGCCGGGCAGGGCGGAUCUGCUCACUGUGUGAAAAAACGCCGGUUGAUAUGGAUGAAAGGUCAAUCAUCAUCUCAUCAUUUCAAUCCCUCUGAUAAGGUACGGCGACAGAAAGCUUAAGAGCGCACAACUGAUGCAUGAGAAAUUAUAGAAUGUAUCCUAAUGGGAAUAAGGUGCGUAACUGCGAUUGGCUCGGCGGUCCCUUGCUACGCGGCGUUAAUAGGCCCUCUUAUCAGUUAUUCUAAGUCUGUUUAUCAGGCUUGUAACCCGCACAUUCCCCCCUCCCUAAUCCCGACAGCGACAGUGUCCCAUAGCGUUGGCCAGACCACAGAGCAGGAAAGAUGAUGUGCGAGGUGAUGCCGACCAUCAGCGAAGGAGACUCGGCUGGUCCUCCGAGAGGCACCGGCGGCGUCCCGAACGGCUCGGACCAGGAGGCCAACUUCGAGCAGCUGAUGGUCAACAUGCUGGACGAAAGAGACAAGCUGCUGGAGUCCCUCAGGGAGACUCAGGAGACCCUGAUUCAGUCUCAAACUAAACUACAGGGGGCGCUGCACGAGAGAGACGUACUCCAGCGGCAGAUCAACGCCGCGCUGCCUCAGGAGUUUGCCACCCUGACAAAGGAACUAAACAUAUGCCGGGAGCAGCUGCUGGAGAAGGAAGAGGAAAUAUCUGAGCUGAAAGCUGAAAGGAACAACACCAGGCUGCUGUUGGAGCACCUGGAGUGUCUGGUGUCUCGUCACGAGCGCAGUUUGAGGAUGACGGUGGUAAAGAGACAGGCACCCCCGCCAUCUGGUGUGUCCAGCGAGGUGGAGGUCCUCAAAGCCCUGAAGUCACUGUUUGAACAUCACAAGGCUCUGGAUGAAAAGGUGCGUGAAAGGCUUCGGGUGGCUCUGGAGAGGGUGGCCAGCCUGGAGGGUCAGCUAGCAGCUACCACACAAGAGUUGAACAUGGUGAGGCAGAGGAAGGACGGUGACUCAGUGGAGCGAACAGAUGGAUCCAAACCUACAUGGAAGAGACUACCCAACGGCUCUAUAGACGCCCAUGACGAUGGCAACCGAGUGUCUGAGCUUCAAGAGCUCCUGGAUCGGACCAAUAAGGAUUUGACUCAGAGCCGCGAGCACUGUGCCACGCUAAACGCUCGCAUGGCCGAACUUGAGGCUGAGCUCGCAAAUGCACGGCGAGAACUGAGUCGCAGUGAGGAGCUGUCAAUCAAACAACAGAGGGAGCAGAGAGAGAGAGAAGAUAUGGAGGAGAGGAUAACAACUUUAGAGAAACGCUACCUGGCUGCCCAGCGGGAGACCACACACAUCCACGACCUCAAUGACAAACUAGAGAAUGAGCUGGCAACCAAGAACUCCCUGCAUCGCCAGAGUGAGGAGAAGGUGCGCCAGCUGCAGGAGAUGCUGGAGAUGGCAGAGCAGAGGUUAGCUCAGACCAUGAGGAAAGCCGAGACACUUCCAGAGGUGGAAGCUGAACUAGCACAGAGAGUUGCAGCGCUCACCAAGGCAGAGGAACGCCACGGCAAUGUGGAGGAGCGGCUCAGACAGCUGGAGUCACAACUGGAAGAGAAGAACCAAGAGCUUGGAAGGGCUCGUCAGAGGGAGAAAAUGAAUGAGGAACACAACAAGCGUUUAUCCGACACUGUGGAUCGUCUGCUCACUGAGUCGAAUGAACGACUGCAGCUCCACUUAAAAGAACGCAUGGCUGCCCUGGAGGACAAGAAUUCCCUCAUUCAAGACCUUGAGAACUGCCAGAAACAGCUGGAAGAAUUUCAUCAUACCAGGGAACGGCUGAUUGGCGAGAUUGAUAAACUGAGAAAUGAGAUUGAUCAUUUAAAACGCCGCAGUGGAGCAUUUGGAGAUGGCACUCACCCUCGGUCUCACUUGGGAAGCUCCAGCGACCUCCGCUUCUCUAUGGUAGAGGGCCAAGACGGCCACUACAGCACAACUGUGAUCAGGCGAGCACAGAAGGGUAGACUGUCAGCGCUGCGCGAUGACCCAAACAAGGACUACCCAUCUCUGCGUGGGAGUGUCAGCCACCUCCUAGGCAGCGACGUGGAGGGAGACUCAGACAUGGAUGACGAUGUCAGCUCCGCCCUCCUCUCUCCCAGCGGUCAAUCAGAUGCUCAGACUCUCGCUCUCAUGCUACAAGAGCAACUUGACGCUAUCAAUGAGGAGAUAAGGAUGAUCCAGGUAGAAAGAGAGUCAGCAGAUCUGCGCUCGGACGACAUCGAGUCUCGCGUGAAUAGCGGCAGCAUGGAUGGUCUCAAUGUGACGCUUCGACCCCGGGCCUUGCCCACCUCUGCCACCGCCCAGUCCCUGGCAUCAUCUUCCUCCCCGCCCACCAGUGGCCACUCAACACCUAAACAUCAUGGACGCAACACCAGUCACCAUCUAGGCAUCAUGACCCUGCCAAGCGACUUGAGGAAACACAGAAGGAAAGUAGCCUCUCCAGUGGAAGUGGACAAAGCUACUAUCAAGUGUGAGACAUCUCCUCCAUCAUCCCCACGCAGUUUACGGCUGGAAACCAAUUUCGCCCAAUUUACAGGCAGUCUGGAAGAUGGACGGGGCAAACAGAAGAAAGGGAUCAAAUCAUCUAUUGGCCGAUUGUUCGGGAAGAAGGAGAAGGGUCGAAUGGACCAGACUGUUGUCAGAGAUGGACAAUCUCUACCAGCAUUAACAGACUUUGAGAUGGGCAUUGGUGACACUAUGACUCUGGGAAAACUGGGCACACAGGCUGAGAGGGACCGCAGAAUGAAGAAAAAACAUGAACUGCUGGAAGAUGCAAGGAAAAGAGGACUUCCAUUUGCACACUGGGACGGUCCAACUGUCGUCUCGUGGCUAGAGCUUUGGGUGGGUAUGCCAGCCUGGUAUGUAGCAGCCUGCCGUGCCAAUGUAAAGAGUGGAGCCAUCAUGUCCGCCCUGUCAGACACAGAAAUCCAGAGGGAAAUCGGCAUCAGCAACCCUCUGCACCGACUCAAGCUUCGUUUGGCCAUACAGGAGAUGGUCUCCCUCACCAGCCCCUCUGCUCCCCUCACCUCCAGAACGUCCUCCGGAAAUGUGUGGGUGACUCAUGAAGAGAUGGAGAACCUGGCAUCCUCCACUAAAGCGGAGAAUGAGGAGGGCAGCUGGGCACAGACUUUGGCGUAUGGUGACAUGAAUCAUGAGUGGAUCGGGAAUGAGUGGCUUCCCAGCCUCGGCUUGCCUCAGUACCGCUCUUACUUCAUGGAGUGCCUGGUGGACGCCCGCAUGCUGGACCACCUGACCAAGAAGGACCUGAGGAGCCAUCUCAAGAUGGUGGACAGCUUCCACAGGGCUAGUCUUCAGUAUGGGAUUAUGUGCUUGAAGAGACUUAAUUAUGACAGGAAAGACUUAGAUCGCCGGAGAGAGGACAGCCAACAUGAUAUGAAAGAUGUUUUGGUGUGGACCAAUGAGCAGGUGAUCCACUGGGUCCAGUCCAUCGGUUUAAGGGAAUACAGCAGCAACUUGUUAGAGAGCGGCAUUCAUGGAACACUCCUUGCUCUGGAUGAGACGUUUGACUACAGCAGCUUAGCACUCAUCCUGCAGAUCCCCAUGCAGAACACACAGGCACGGCAGGUUCUGGAGCGAGAGUUCAACAACCUGUUAGCUUUAGGAACAGACCGACGACUAGAAGAGAGCGGAGAUGACAAAUCAUUCCAUCGCUCUCCAUCAUGGCGCAAGAGGUUCCGGGCUCGUGAGGGAGGGGCAAGUCUGGGUAUGAUGGCAGGCUCCAUGGAAACGCUACCUGCCGGUUUCCGCAUGCCCUCAAUGUCCAUGCCACCCUCUGUAAAUCUGGCCCCCAAGAAACAGCUCCAGCCUGAAGCUCCUCCCCCAGCGCCCCCAAGACUCGACCCUUCGGCUGUGCGGACCUAUUCAUGUUAACUACACUCUGCUUACUAACAGGAGCACUAAUGCUAACAGUGCAUUCUCAUUACUUGUAUGGACAUAUGCUUGCGGCCUUUUGAGAGUGAUAUGCCAAAUCUGGAAAGGGAGACCUGGGUGCCUCAGGGUGUAGCUUCACCCCUCUGCUGCCCAGCCUACCCUCCUACCUUUCAUCGCUCACCUCUCCUUCGGACACGUGCAAUACAGAGGCCAACUCUGACCCUUGAACUCUGAGAGUGCGCAUUGGCUGCACUCGCUGCUGUAAAGGAGGCUCAUCCUGGUCUCGCCCAGUUUACCCCAGUGCUCCCAGUAGCCUUGUUGUUGUGGUGUUGUGCUCCUGCUCCCCUGGUCUCAGCUUUGGGUUCUUGUUCUGGUUCUAAUAGUCUCGAUAUGGCCAAGUCCAAACAAAUCUUCCUGUGUUAACAGUUGAUGCUAUGAAAACAUUUUAUGGAGAUGAUGACCAGUCGUUGGUUUGGACUUAAGCGUGAUGAAUACUUGUAUAAAUGGUGGAUCUGCUGCACAGUACCCUUCUACCGGUUAUGCAAGGUAUUACUCAUUAAUCGUCUCUGUACAUAAAAUGGAUGACUUAUGUUUUUUAUAGAAAUAUUAUAUAUAUUAUAAAUAUAUAUUGGAAAUAUAUAUGGGAAAACCACAUAAUAUUGCCGUAUGAAACCCAAUGCCCUGUAUUCGAUAGUGACUGUUCUCUCUCUCUUUCUUUCUCUUUCUCUCUGUGUCGGACCUUUGCGUGUCUUUUACUGUAUGCUGUAAGUGUGGGAUUUAUUGCUGGGAGGGAUUCACUAAAGGAAGUGUGUAUUUCUACAAGGACUCUUCACAGGUUCAUGGGUCCAACUCUCUCUUUGCCUCCUCUCCUUUCCUUUUCUCCUCCUUUUUUGACACGAUGUAGCUGUUACUUCUCCUCUUUCUGCCUCUAUCGCCUUCUGUAUGACACUAUGUAGCCUAGAAUAGAGAGAAUCCUUUAAUAUGAGGAGUGUGUGUGUGUGUGUGUGUGUGUGUGCGCGCGAGUGAGCGGAUCAACCUCUCCGCUGGAGACUUGUAGAGGGGUUGUGUGUGAAAGUUCAAGCCCAGCCAGUUUUCUCUGUGGAUGGUAGUGUUAACACUGUAGCUCCUCUUAGUUAAUUUCAAACUUUCUCUCAAGUCAAACUGUAAACUGCUGCUCAACAUCAGCCAAUGAUUUCCACGUGAUACUGCUCUUACUGACAGACUUGUCUGAUCUUGUUUCGUCACCUCCCAUUUAGUUGCCAUGGAGAUGUGCCAGUAAGCAGUUGUGCCCUUGGCUGACCAACUCCUCACUCAAUGAGAUCACAGCAUAUGAACUAGUGAAUUUCUGGAUGGCUGUACAAUCUUGUUUUGUUUGUUUUUAUUUAUUUAUUUAUUUUUCAGUUUUUCCGAGGUGUCUAAAAGGUGUAAUGUGCUAUGUGGCAGCUAUGAGUACUGUGUCUUUAUUCCAGGUGUGAAACAAUGCUGACAAAUCAAGGUUUUAUUAUUUGGCUAUCCAAAAAAAGUGUACUGUAUUUAUGACACUAUAUAGACAUAAGUAAAGCUGUUUUUUUU